UCUAUCUAUACGAGUAUUUCAAUAUUGCAGAAGUAAUAUCGAAUAGCAUAGACGCGUUGUUGAUGCAAACGUUCCGUUGUUAAAUUUUAUCAUAAGUUGACUAAUCAUAGCAACACCAUCCGCGAAGAACUUUGCCACAUUUAAGGCUAUACCUUUGUUCAACAUUUGUUUAGCUAAAAAUAUAUUUCCAAAUCCAAAGCAAAACUCAUUAAAAUGCCUCCAAACUCAGGAAACUCCAAUAACAAAAAAAGAAACGGGGAGACGGAAACUGGGAAAAUAAAUGGAGAACUGUGUAUUCCUAGCUUGAUUAAACGAAAAAGAGAUGGAAAACAGCUAACUCGUGAAGAGGUGGAAUAUUUUGUGAAAGAGGUUGUGGCCGGUCAGGUUCAAGAUGCGCAACUAGGGGCAAUGUUGAUGGCGAUGUACAUCCGCGGCCUUGACUAUGAUGAGACGUCCUACUUGACGCGCUCAAUGACACACAGUGGUGAGGUUUUGAAGUGGCCAGCGGAAUGGAGAGGCAAAAUUGUCGACAAACACAGCACUGGUGGAGUUGGGGACAAAGUCAGCCUGAUACUCGCGCCUGCUCUAGCCGCGUGUGGUAUGAAGGUACCGAUGGUGUCGGGACGCGGUCUCUGUCACACAGGCGGAACACUCGAUAAACUGGAAUCCAUUCCUGGAUUCACGGUUUCCCAAUCACAUGCAAACAUGAUCAAGAUUCUUGAAGACGUCGGCUGCUGCAUUGUUGGACAGACGAGCAAUCUCGUGCCAGCGGACAAGAUUAUGUAUGCCACGCGCGAUGUGACGUCAACGACUGAAAAUAUUGGCUUAAUAACAUCCUCAAUAAUCUCCAAGAAAGUUGCCGAGUCCCUCGACGCCCUUGUUCUAGACGUGAAAAUUGGGAAGGGCGCUUUCCUGAAGAAUGAGAAAGACGCACGAGAACUGGCAAACAGAAUGGUUGCCGCCGGAAACGGAUCUGGUGUACAGACUAUUGCCCUACUAACCGACAUGAAUUCACCAAUCGGAAUGAAUAUCGGAAAUGCUCUCGAAGUUGCUGAAACCAUUGAGUGUCUACAUGGAAAUGGUCCAAACGAUUUAACAGACCUCGUUACAAGACUAGGUGGCCAUCUUCUAUACAAAGUUAACGCAGCGGGUAGCAUGGAUGCGGCUGUUGAUAUGGUAGCCAAGACGCUGAUUGACGGGAGCGCCCUUGCCAAGUUCCAGGCCAUGAUGGUAGCCCAGGGUGUCCAAGAGGAACUUGCGGACAAACUGUGCCUCAAGGGGGCGGAUGUGUUUGAAUACUUGCCCAAGGCAAAACACACAUAUGAGAUUAAAUGUUCGAAAUCAGGCCACAUCCACAGCAUCGACUCAAUGAACUGCGCAAUUGUAACGUGGAAAUUGGGAGCUGGCCGGAAGAAGGCGGGAGAGGCCAUUAACUUCGGGGUUGGAAUUCAGUUGAAAAAACAUGUCGGCGACGCGGUUAACAAAGACGAAGUUGCGAUGGUUGUCCAUCACGACGAGGAUGGCAUUUUCCCUGCAGAAUUCGCAGGUUUACUCAAGGACGCUUUUGUAAUUGGCAAAAGCCCGAUCACACAUGGCACACGUGUUCUUGACGUUAUCACGUAGCUAUCGAGACUUCAUCACACUCAUUUAUCAAUUACAUUAAUGUAAUAUCCAAACGAAGGUGUUGUAUAAAUCAGUUAGGUGAAGUUUGGUAUUUCGGUUAUGAAUACGCUCUUGAAGAGACAACAUUUGAAUCAGCUUUCAUUCUAAAUUAAAUAUCGUGUAAAUUGUACAGUUAUAUGAAACAUGACAUGACCUGUACCGUAAUGAUGAAUUUAUAUGAACAUCAAUCGUCUUGAUGAUAAUUGUUUGUACGUAUUAAAUCGAUUUAUUCAUGUUGGUACAUUAGUCGACUCCAAACUGUCUCUUUGGUUUUCAUUGAGUUUCAUUUGUGAAUAUAUCCACGUUAUUUUAUCUGGUGCAGCUACUUUGUUACAUGUAUCUUAUGUUAAUUUUAUAUAUUAUUUUGUAUUUAUUUGAUGUUGCUACACUUACAAUUAUACAAUAAUGACCAUUUCUGUUGCCGUCAUUAGACAAUAAGUUAGAAAGUUUCGUUUUUUUCCUUUUUUAGUUUGAAUGUCAUAAAUAAACAUAUAGAAAUUUUCUGUAUUAGGUUUUCAGCACACAGAUUUACUGGCUCUUGAAAAUAGUGUACAAGAUUGAAAACCACUUUUGAAAAAUUGAAAAUGUUAUUGCAACAAGAAAAACAUAUUUAAAACACAUUUCCUUGACAUCUGGAACACCGUAAUAAGAUAAGAUUUAAAUAAGAUGUUUUGAAAAUUAAAUUGUUCUUGAGCUUUUUGAUAAAAAUGGAAUUAUAUUUUAGGAUCUCUUUUUGUGAUUGACUCACGUUGAAUGUACAUUCUGUUAAGCCGAGUUAAUUUACCAUUAUGAUAGUGUAUUAUUUGUACAUAAAUUAUGUUGGUUCAUAUAUAUUUUGUUGCUGUAUAUGUUUAUUUUUCGUUUAAAAUAAAACAUCAUAAUGAUU